AUGACAGCAUUUCAGGAACUUCGUGAACAACGUGUGAAAACAAUGCGUUUGGAAAUCGGCAAGUUCGAGGUCGACUUUCCAUAUGUUCCAUAUCCGUGUCAGGUGGACUACAUGCGGCAUGUCAUAACAUGCCUUGAAGAGGGUCGCUGUGGCAUUUUCGACUCGCCGACCGGAACCGGAAAGACGCUGUGCCUUCUUUGUGCCUGCUUUGCGUGGCGUGAUAACUUCCGCAUGAAAGCACAGAGUGUGGCGCCGCUUCAGACGAUUGUUGGAAGCACGAAUGUCAAGGGUUCACAAAUCUCCUCCGCUCGUCCAUGUCAGGAGUCCCCAUUCAUGCCAAAGAUUAUUUAUAGUUCUCGAACACACUCACAGCUUUCUCAGGUGAUCAAGGAGUUGAACAAGACAAGUUAUAAAAACGUAACUUUGUACCGUUACAUUUACAGAGCAAAGGUUUGCAUCAUGGGGUCACGGGAUCAACUGUGCAUCAACGAGAGCGUGGCGUCUGAGCCAAAUUCGGUGAUUAAGACACAUCUGUGCCGCGCGAAGGAGAAGGUGUGUGAAGACAGCGGUUCGUUUACGUUCAGUAGCAAGGACGUUGCUGGCUGUAUCAAGGAGGCCACAGAAGUACUGAAGAAGUUGAUGAAUGAGGAAGAAGCUUUACGAAAAGAGAUGGAUCAUUCUGCCAAACCUUUCGGCGUUGUUGAUAUAGCGUCUGACGACAACGGAGGUAUGGAUAUCGACCUCAAUGAACUCGCUCAUCUUGUCGCUUUACUGGGCAAUUUCGAGGCGGAAAUAGACAAAAUAGAUUUAACCGUAAGAGAUGGUUCAUCGCAAGAUUUGAGACUGAAAGGCAGAACGUUCGGUGGUAGCUUUCUUCAUGAACUGCUGAACAACUCGAAUAUUCGAUCAGAGCUGCGAGACCCUAUCUUGGAGCUGAUCGAUAAAAUUUCCAGCUACUUAGCUGUUUACGUAACCGUGGACGACACCGUGAAGACAAAUCAUAAUCUGGUUACCCUUGAUACGAAAAACAUAACAAGGCGACCCUUGUUGAUCAACCACUGGUGUUUCAGUGCGGGGGUCGGCAUGGAGCUGAUCUUGAGAUCAGGCCUGCGUUCAGUUAUUAUCACCAGCGGUACUCUCUUUCCUCUCGACUACUUCGUACAAGAAAUGAGGAUGUCUUCUGCGUUGACUUUCGAAAGCGACUAUGCUUUUUCGUCAAAACAGUGCGUGGGCGGAGUUUUGACAUCUGGACCCGACGGCAUUUCCCUCGUUGGCAACUAUGAAAACCGUAAAAACGAAUCCUACCUCUCGUCACUCGGAAGUUCCCUCGUGAACAUGUGCCGAGUGUGCCCUCAAGGAAUGUUGGUUUUCUUCGCUUCCUAUUCCCAACUUUCGGCCUGCUGUGACUUUUGGAAUGCCAGCGGAGUGCUUGAAAGACUGAAGAAACUUAAACGGGUGUUUGUUGAGACAAGGAACAAGGAACAACUACAGAUUUUGAUGAAGGAGUUUGAAGAGGCAGCUACCGACAAACAAAAGGAAGGAGGCGCCAUUAUGUUUGCGGUCUGCCGCGGAAAGUUAAGUGAAGGUUUCGACUUUGCAGAUGCCACAGCGAGAACAGUUGUAAUUAUUGGUAUCCCGUACCCACCGAUGUUAGACCCCCGUGUCUGCUUAAAGAAAGAGUUUCUGAACGAACGAGGCUCAAAAGAGAAACUAACCGGUGAAAUAUGGUACACUCUAGAAGCGGUACGCACCGUCUGCCAAGCGAUGGGUCGUGCGAUCCGGCACAAGGACGACUUUGGCGCAGUUGUACUAGCUGAUUCAAGGUAUAUUACGGCUUAUACAUGCGAUUAGUA